AUUUUUAGAACACAUAUUAACACAUAUUACUUUUUUGCUAAUGUGAGAGUGUCAAACAUAUUUAAUCUUCAUGUACAAUCAAAGAAAUUAAUUACCUUAUUUCCUUUAUUGCAGAUGAAGCAAGAAAUCAAUUUAAAGAAUAUGUCAACACCUUGGCUACCAUUCGCAAUGAGGAUAACUUCGAUCUUGAUUAUCAUUCUGUCGAGCAGAGGGAAGAAGUGCCUGGUGCUGAAGAAGCGCUUCCGGCCCGAGGCGCAGCUGCCGCCGCGCGCCGCCGGCCGGCCGCGCCUGCGUCCGCGUCCGUCUCCAUGAGCUCGUCGUGCUCCGUGCCAGCCUGCUCUCCAUGUCGUCCGAGUCGCUGGCGUC